CUUCUCCCCCGCGCAGAUGCUUCACGGCUCGCGAGCUCCACUCAGAACUGCCCCUGGGUGGAAGUGGCAGGAUCUUGGUCCUUGGAACCCCACCGAAGAGAAAUCCUACAGGGGAGGAAAACCCCAUCUCUGCCUCCUCCCAACCCCAACCAAGUGCUGCCCUGUAGAAAGGUUCACCUCAAAAACUGAGUAACUUGGGAGAAGGAGGGAAAAGAAUCAGGAAAGUCUUCAGCUGAGGAAACUGAGGUAAACAAUGGUUGUAACUUACCCAGGGUCCUACACCUAGUAAAUACUUGAAGCUGGAUCUGAACUUGGGUCUUCCUAUUUCUCCAGGUAUCCAGUUAAAGUGUGGAGAAGAGACUUGUAGAUUGGACUGGAUAUUGGAUUCCUAAAGGUUGCAUUGAUCUCAGCUGAAGGGAGGCUCCCCAUCCACCUACCCAAGGGAAUGAUGUCUACAAGACCAAACCUGGCUGCCCCCCAGUCCCAAGCUCCGCUGGAUCAAGAUCUACCAAUAGUGAAGCUUGAAGAGUUUUCUUGGGAGCAGGAAUCUGUCCAUGGAGGAGGUCUACCCAGACGUGAAGCCUGCCGACAGCGUUUCAGGCACUUCUGCUACCAGGAGGCAGCUGGCCCAAAGGAAGCUCUCAGCAGACUCCGGGAGCUUUGCUGCCAGUGGCUCAGGCCAGAGGCCCACACCAAAAAACAAAUCCUCGAGUUGCUGGUGCUUGAGCAGUUCCUCCUUGUCCUCCCUGGAGACAUUCAGGCCUGGGUGCGUGGGAAGCAUCCCAAGAAUGGCGAUGAUGUGGUGACCCUUGUGGAGAAUUUGCAGACAGAGCCUAGCAAAGCACGGCCCACGGUCCUUGGCCACACACCCACAUGGAUAGUGCCUUCAGAGAAGCCAACAGCCCUGACCAUUGGAGAUGAGCCCCAGAAACCCCUACCAGAACCAGCCAAGCCUUCAAAGGAGGGGAAGUGGAAUCUUCUAGCUCGGUCCAAGCCUAGCCUGCAAGGGGAGUUCCAUCUCUACCACGAGAGAGGCUCAACUGUUCCUCAAGGCCCUUCCCCUUCUCAGGAGGAGAGAUCCAGAGACCUGGAGUUGGCAACUGUUCUGGAGUCUCUGACAUUUGAGGAUGUCGAAGUGGAGAAAGUUUGGCCUGCGCCCCCUCUAGGGCUUGGAAUUGGGACACAGAAUAGGGAAAAAAUAAAGCAAGAAGGUUCAGAAAAGCCUGCAACAAUUCCAGGAAAGGUAGGCAAGGAUAUUUCCUUGAUGCCCAACAGGGAAGAUAUACAAGAGACUCAGUGGGGGGCUGAAAGGCAGUGGGGCCCUGCUGCUUCAGAGAGUAAAGCAAUAUUCCCCCCUAAUAAAAGUGAAGUUUGGGCAAUAAAAGUCUGUGAUGUCCGAGAGAAACCUGAGCCUGAGGAGACACCAAAGACAUGCCCUGAGUGCGGAAUAAGCUUUUCAGAGUUGUCAUGCCUUCAGGCACACAGAAGAACCCAUGAUUCCCUCAAACCAUACCAGUGCCCGUGUUGUGGGAAAAACUUUGGCCGUGGCUCCAUCCUCAAGCUGCAUCUGAGAACACACACAGAUGAACGUCCGUAUGUGUGUUCUGAGUGUGGGGAAUGCUUCCGGCAGAGUGGUCACCUGAGAAAACACCAGCAGAUCCAUUCUGCAGAGAUGGCCUUCUUAUGUGCUGACUGUGGUCAGGGUUUCCAACGACGGUCCAGCCUCCUGCGACAUUUACAUGCCCAUGCAAGGGAAACAGAACAGGACAUCAAACCAGCCUUCCUGUGCUCCAUCUGUGGGCAGGGUUUCCAGCGGCAUGCCAAUUUCCAACGCCACCUGGGUCUCCAUGCUGAGGAGAAGCCCUUUCAAGGUGUUGAAUAUGGCAAAAGUUUUCUUCAGGGUACCAGCAACCACCAGCAGCAGGAAGCUCUCAUUGAGCAGAAGCCUCAUGUGUGUGGUGAAUGUGGCAAGGCCUUCCAGAGGAAUGAGCAUCUGGUCACUCAUCAACGGAUACAUACGGGAGAACGGCCCUUCUCCUGUGAGGACUGUGGACGGGCCUUUAGCCAGAGCUCCCAGCUAGUCAGUCAUCGCCGUGUACAUACUGGUGAAAAGCCCUAUGCCUGUUCUGAGUGUGGAAAGCACUUUGUGCGCCGGGCUGGCCUUGCACGCCAUAUGCUGACUCAUGGUGGAGAGAGGCCCCAUCACUGUGGCCAAUGCAACAAACGCUUCAGCCAGAGCCAAGACCUGAGCCGACACCAGCGCAGCCACACUGGUGAACGGCCGUGCCGCUGUAGUGAGUGUGGGGAACGCUUCAGCCAGAGCGCUCACUUAACUCGUCACCAGCGUAUACAUACAGGGGAAAAACCUCACCCUUGUGACACAUGUGGCCGUUGCUUCCGCAACAGCUCCAACCUGGUACGGCACAUUCGGACCCAUACUGGAGAGAGGCCCUACCACUGCAAAACCUGUGGAAGGAGCUUCCGCCGGAACGCCCACCUUCAGCGCCACCUUGGGACCCAUCCAGCAACUGAUACUCCAGAAACAAGCAAAGACGUUAAAGAGCUGGGGGGUCCAAUCAAGGAGGCUCCUCAGCAGUGUCAACAGUGUGGAAAGAGCUUUAGCCGGGGCUGUAACCUGCUUAGGCAUCAAGCCAUCCACACAGGUGCCAGACCCUAUACCUGUAGCCAAUGUGGGCGGAGCUUUAGCCGAAAUUCUCACCUGAUGAGACACCUGAGGACCCAUGCCAAGGAGACCCUGUAUUAGGCAUCCCUGAAACCAUUACUUGGCCAAGACCCUGAGCCACCCAGAGGGAUCUGUACUGGGCUUGCUUACUGCCAGUCUUCAAACAAGACAGAGAAAGUGGCCUUAUCAGGCCAUCUCUUUCCCCAUUUAUGCAUCAUUCUCAUAUUCUUCCCUAGGUUUUUCCUCAGCCUUUCCUCUCAAAAUGAGUAAAGCAAAAUAAUUGCCUUUUUAAAGUUUUCUUGGACUUGUUUUUCUUUUCCUUUUCACCCGCAACUAUCACAGAUACUUCUCACUCCCUCCUCAACCCAGGAGGAUAAGUAGAUAUCCACUGGGAAAGGGGAAUCCUGAAUGUUUAUUCAGUGAUCCUGCUUUUGCAGACCCUAAGACUUUGGCCUUUGGGCUCUUGAAGUCUCAUGCACCCUCAGUAACUCCUGCUUUGGAGCUGGUUAUUAACAGAUCCUAGAAAUGAACACUACCCUGCUGGCAAAAGGUUUAAAAACAGUCUAACCAAGCUCUGUACAUCACACAAAACUUAAUGAUUCAGGGAGUCCCUUGUACCUUCCUGUAACUAAAUGUUCUGGGUACUCCAUCCAGAUUCCUACCUUAAUUAUUCUAGGGACAGGAUGUCCAACAAACUCCCAUGUAUCUUUCAGGAGAGACCUACUCAGCAUUUGUGCACCCAGACAAGAUUUUGUAAAAAAAAAAAAAAAAAAAAAAUUUUU